AUGGGGCCAGCAUAUGAUGUCAAAGGUAAUGUCCCUAGUGAUGUAAUUGAUUAUGUCAUCAAUGAUCUAAUGUGUGAUGUCAUCAGUAAUGUCAUUCAAAACUGGCAAGGCAGUAAAAUGACUUUAAGUUUUGUGCAGAGUGCGCAGUUCAUGGAGUUCUCCGAGGUGGAAAAUCAUACUGAUUUUUACAUGAUGGAGGAUGGGAUCAUUCACACGCAGGACCAGAGGGGGGCUUUUAUCAUGUAUGAUAUUGCUCUGACAGAUCUCCAAGAGCUGCAGGAACAAAUACUACUUAUGACUACACACUUAAUAGAAGAAGAUAAAAGUAAUGAAUCAAGCAACAUGGACCUUUCAGAUUGGGCACAUGUGAGAGUGGACAGAUUUGCCGUAAUACUCGAUCUGUGGACUUGGGAAUCUGCUCUAUUAGAAAACAAGCAACAGCUUGUUGAAGGUUACUAUGAAGCUUACCAACAUGUCCUUGAUCCAGAAGAACGAUUUGCUUUGGCACAAGUGAUCACGGACAUCAUGUUCAGGCGCCCUUUGUUUGAUAUUGGAUCAAAAGACUUUCUGAAUGCUUAUAGAGAUGAGUGCCAGUGUCUGCGGCUUCAUAUACAGCUGGUGACCAACGUAAUUAACAGUCAGAUUGAGUGCCAGAGGGAGUUUAUUAAGAAGGUUUGGCGUAAUGGCGAGAAUGGAGACGUCUAUGACUUUGGACUCCCUCUCAACAUAAUUACUAAGCCUCUAGUCUCACUUCACACCAGUAGUUCAGCUGUAAACAAUGUUCAUCUCCUGGAGUUUCAUCCUUCCCUGGGGUCAAUUUAUCUGAUCUAUAGAACAUUGGAACAUAUCUGUCAAGAGUUCCAGAACAUCUGCCAAGCAAAAGCAGCAAGUCAGGUUGCCAGUCUUGAAAAGCAAGUAUUACUAAUGGCAUUAAAUGAAUGGAAGUCCAUGCAAGACCCCCAGUCAUUCUACAGUGCAAAUGUUCGCAAAGAUUUAUUUGAAGACGUGGUUGCUGAAGAUCCUUUGUUAAUAAGAGAAAUUUGCCUGUCUGCAUUGGAGUCCGAAACAGAUGAAGAAAAAAGACAAAGCAGAGCAAGACCAGUUUUUGUGUUGGACACAUUCUCCAAGAUUCUUGAGUUGAUAACUCUGCGUCAUCGGUUAAUUGAGACUGCAGCAGAAACAGCAGUUUUGUCCAGGACCUAUAAGAGUUAUGCUGCAGAAAUGGGAUUCAGUGAUUUUCACCUCUACCUAAGGCCAGUCCAUUUUGAGUUUGCAUCUCACAAGACUGAGGCAGUUCAGCUCCCACCAUUGUUCAUCACUGCUGUACUGGGAGAGGAAAGUUCUGUGGACAGGUACAUUCCGUCAACAAACCUUCUUGCAAUUCAUGAAAUUGAUGAAAACCAAAUUGGCAAAUUUAGUUUCUGGACAAGAGAUGGUAUAUUGCAGCUUCUACAUAAAUCCGGUGUAGAGAAUAUGCAGGUAGCCUUGGCCUGUCAAAUUACCCAGAAAAAUGCUCUGCUAGCUGCUGCUCAGCUGGCUUCCCUUUGCCAUACAACUCAGUCCUCAAUGCAGAGCAUGGACUUUAAGAACACGAGUGAAAGCGCAAUGGCACGAAGAAAGAGCAGUGCAAUGAUAGAAAAAAAUCCAGCAUGUUGGUCAAUAACAGAAAUGCAGCGAUCUUUAACUCCUGUGUCUCACGCCAGUGGGAUUCCCCCACCAGUAAAUAUGCCCAGAAAAAGACUUCCAGAAGCAUUUGUAUCGAUUCAGUUAGAAAAGGUGGGUCUGCGAGAUACAAUGCUGAACAUGUUUAUUCAGAAGAAGCAAUCUAUGAGCACUGCAAUGAGAAAUCCUGUAAGUGUUUAUAUGCACCUGAGAGAAUAA